AUGGCCCUCCUCAUCUACGGCGCCACCGGCUUCACCGGCACCCUCGCCAGCCAGCACGCCCUCCACCUCUCCCUCCCGCUCAUCCUCGGCGGCCGCAACGCCUCCAAACUCUCCACCCUCGCCACCACGCUCUCUGCCACCGCGCCCUCCGCCCCCAUCCCCGUCCGCGUCUUCGACGUCACCGCCAACACACAGCUCAUCGACCAAUCCCUCAAAGGCGUCGCCGUCCUCCUCAACUGCGCCGGCCCCUUCGCCCGCACCGCGGCGCCGCUCAUCGCCGCCUGCAUACGGAACGGCGUGCACUACCUGGACGUUGCUGCGGAGUUGGUUAGCUACCAGCUGGCGGAGGAAAAAAGCGAGGACGCGCGGCGGAAGGGCGUGAUGCUGAUGCCCGGCGCGGGCGGCAGCGUUGCGAUGCUGGGUUGUCUGGCGGGGCGGGCUGUUGCGGGGUUUGUGGCGGCGGAGGCGGAGGCGGCAGCGAAGGGGGACAAGAAGGAGGAGGAAAGGGGGAAGCAGGUCGCCCGCAUCGACAUCGCGCUCCGCGUCGCGGGGCCGCUGUCGCGCGGCACGCUGGCUAGCGCUGCGGAGGCGAGCAUCAUGCAGGCCGGGUGCCUGCAGCGCGUGGAUGGGGAGCUGGUCGCGCAGGAUGCGGGUGCGGCGGCGCUGUUCGAUUUCCAUGACGGCAAGGGAGAGGUGCCGUGCGUGCCGGCGUCGCUGCCGGAUUUGAUGACGCUGCCGCGGUCGACCGGAGUGCUGAAUGUGCGGACGUACGUGCAUGCGGCGGAUGGGGCGUUUGCGGAGGAUGGGGAGCAGGGGGAGCAGGAGAAGGAGGGCCCGACGGCAGAGGAGAGGGACAAGUAUCCGUGCCGGGCGGCGGUGAUGGUUGUCGGGGCGGAUGGGAGAGAGAGGAGGGAGGUGCUGCACACGUUGAAUGGGUACGACUUCACGGCGAUUGCGUCGGUGCGGGCGGCGCAGCGGGUGCUGCAGGGGGUGGCGGAGCCGGGCUGGCAGACGCCGGCGGGGGUGUUUGGGGAUGGGUUCGCGUUUGGUGUGGGAAGGGAUGAACGUAUUGUUUGA